AUGUCAAUUAUUACAAAAUCCGCAAAUGUUGUCGGAUUUUUAUUAGUAGUAACUAUAGCUGUCAUUCUAGUGCUUCAAAAUUUAAGUUAUUUUCAAAACAGUAAUAAUCAAAAUACAGAAAGCAAAAAUGCGACUGAAACUUAUCUUGCACCCGCAGUAUUUACAUUCGGGAUUUGGUUUUUGAUUUUACCGUUACUUCUUGGUUUCAUUAUUUACCAAUGGUUCGAAGGUGAAGAUGGUGCUGUAGAUAGAGGUGUUUCAUAUUAUUUCUUUUGUCAAGCUAUUUUGAAUGUUGUCUGGCUGAUUUUAUGGGAAUUUGCUCUUUAUCUUGCAGUUGCAAUUGUACAAUUGAUCAUCCUCAUAUUGUUUUUCAUAAUAUAUUUCAACCUCAUAACCCAUUACGAACCUAAAGGAAUUGAGAGCAUCUGCCUCGUUUAUCCAUUUUCAAUAUUAACUCCCUGGAAUUUAUAUGCUUUAUUCCUUGAAAUUUGGAUUGCCAUUCCAGCGCUUAAUACUGUUAUUUUAACUGUUAUCGUUUUAGUUUUGCUAACAAUUUUUGGUUUAUAUUUUGUUGAUUAUUGUUGGAGACGUGAUAAUCUUUUUGCUUUUGCUAUUAUCUGGGUAUUAGUUGGUAUUGCUGUUAAUAAUGUUGAAAAUAUGCCUGUGUAUGCAACUGCUUUGGCUGGAAUUGGAUUAAUUAGUGGCGGCAUUUUUAGAAAUUGGUUUAGUUUUACAAAAGACUGGCGUAGUAGCGUGGAUUUCAUUGAAACUGGUGGUGGUUCGGCAUAUGAGCCAUCUUUCGCUUUCAGAAAUUAUAGAACUGAUCAACAAUAUGGUUCAAGUGGCCCUCAUAUGCCAGAAAUGUAUGGUAGACAGUAA